AUGAACGAACAUCCAAGGGUUCGACCCGUCCGAUAUCUAGAAGCCACGCCCCUGCACACAACAAACCGGAAUCCCCGACAAACCACACCCACCCCAAAACGAUACGAAGCCUACACGUUCCUCCAAGUCGUUGAGACCUUACAGCGUCUUGAGCAAAAAUGCAAGUCCCUCGAAGAACGCAUACACUUUCUGGAGCAGCAGUCCGGCGAGCAGAGUCCGGCUUCUGCGGGGAUUCCUCUUCCAACAGGACCCGCUAGUUCGGGAGAUCUUCGCGCUUGCGCAGUCCGUUCGCAGAGCGUUUCCGAAACAACUAGUACGACAUGUGAUUCUGCUGGUGAUUAUUCAUACUCUGGUAAUGAAAAUGGAAGCUGGUGCUGGUCGCUUGAAGAAGCUUUUGAUGUUGGGUUGGGCUGCGAGGCUGGGGAGAUGCCGAUGGAGGGUUUUGUUCAGGUGGUUCGGCGGGAUGGGAUUGGGGAAAUGAAUGUGGAUGCAUUUGCGGAGUGA